AGUGAGGUCGCCUCAAACGCACUGCAUGUGAAACCUUUUUUCUUUUUAAUUUGUAGGUUCGUGAAGAAAGUUUUCUUAAUUAUCGAUUUGAUGAAAUCAGGCAAAUUAAGUGUGUAGACGCUGGUCGGUUUGAAUGCGUUAGAUCCGUGUUCCUGUCUUUUGUCCAUCGGACACUUGACGGUUCUCGUAAAACACAUCAUGGAAUUCAAUUAUCUUUAGGACAAAAUGAGGAUUAUUAUUUGUAAAACAACGUUUUUAUGUCUCUUCCUGUUGGUCAUGGAUGAUGUGUUUGGUGGUGAUACAGAUGUAAUGAAGUCAGUGUCAGUAACUGAGGGAGAUUCUGUCACUCUACACACUGAUGUUACUGAAGUACAGAGAGAUGAUCAGAUACUGUGGAUGUUUGGACCUAAAGAGAAUCGAAUAGCUGAACUCUAUAAACAGAUGAUUGAUAUGUUUAGCAGUAAUGAGACAUUUGGAGACAGACUGCAGUUGGACUCUUUCACUGGAUCUCUGACCAUCAGAAACAUCAGAAGCACAGACUCUGGACUUUAUAAACGACAGAUCCGGAGCGACAGAGGGAACUCGGACAAGACAUUCAAUGUUACUGUCUAUGCUCGUCUGCCUGUUCCUGUCAUCACCAGAAACUCUUCAAACUGUUUUUCAUCAUCAUCAUCAUCAUCAUCAUCAGGAUCAUCAGUGUCCAGUUGUGUGCUGCUGUGUUCAGCUGUGAAUGUGAGUCAUGUGACUCUCUCCUGGUACAAAGGAAACAGUUUAUUGUCCAGCAUCAGUGUGUCUGAUCGCAGCAUCAGUCUCUCUCUACCUCUGGAGGUGGAAUAUCAGGAUAAAAACACCUACAGCUGUGUGCUCAACAAUUCCAUCAGUAACCAGACCAGACAUCUGGACAUCAGUCAACUCUGUCACACAUGUACAGGCUUUUAUGGCAAUUCUGUGAGUGUGACUCCAUCCCUGAUUUAUGCUGUGGUGGGCGUGGCCGCUGUUGCUCUACUUGUUUGUUAUGUCAGGUCUAGAACGGAUUGGAAAAAGAAAAAGCUACCAUCACAACCUCACUGACGCGAUUCUCUCCUAUGGCCAUCAGGUGGCAGUAACUCAUAAUUGUUCAAUCAAAUUCAUGUGCACUUCCCAAUGUAAAUAAAAUAUGGCAAACGUGCUUCUAUGUAGUCUACCAAAAUUCUUGUUUCAUUAAACCAUCAAUUACGCUGUAUGCAAGACUGCAGUCUUAAAUGCAAUGUCAAGCUCCCAUAGCAGGUACAAAAGUUUUCUAAUAGUGGUUUUCAGUUUUGUACCUGCCCCUUUAAACCGUCUG